AUGGCUCUCUCUUACCGUGAUGGCAUCGCUGUGGCGGAACUGAUUUGUUACUGCCCUUCUGCCAUUAUUGGCAUCUACCUCACUCUAGUCAAUGAGUUUCAUACUACCGGCUGGCUCGACAUAUUUUUAUUCUCGGCUAUUCGUAUCGUCGGCUCUGCGAUUCAACUCGAAGCGAAAAACCAUCCUGGUACGACCAAGUUUUACACCAUCGCAUCUAUCAUGAAUUCUAUCGGUCUUGCUCCCCUCCAAGCAGGCUCACUGGGACUUCUCAAUCGUCUUAGCGAGAACAUUGGCGGCAAAAACAGAAGCCAGGCAGAAAAGUCCAUAUUUCGCCUUGUACAAACGGUCAUCAUCGCUGGUCUCGUUCUGGGCGUUGUUGGGGGCAUCAAAGCCGGAAAUUCGAUCAAGGAGAACGGGACGUUUGCCAUUGGAAGUAUUGGCAAGAUUGGUACUGGAUUAUUGAUCGGCGCAUAUGCCGCAACUCUGAUUGUUGCUGCAAAUCUGUAUAGAAAGGUCUCGCUUGCAAACCGCAAAUAUCGGAACCUUCUUUGGGCAGUGAUUGCUGCAGCAUUCCCUCUUGCAGUCCGUCUUGUUUACGCGAUCUUGGCGACCUUGACAGAUGACAAGAACUUCAAUUUCAUCACGGGUAACGUCACAGCCUGGCUGUGUCUCGCCGUCAUACCAGAGGCUCUUGUCAUUCUUAUCUAUAUUGUGGCAGGGUUUUCUCUCGGUCGAAAUCGGAAUAAUUUAAAAGAAGAUGAUGACGUGAUUAUUCGUCUUGGAGAAAACCAAACCAAUGUCUCGGCACAAACCACAGGACAGUCAAGUACGCCGAACCGCAAACAGAACCCUGUGGUCAGCACUGCGAUCAAGAUCUUCAAUAUGACGAUUAUCGGCCACAUUGUCCAAGGCAUUCGAGGGCGGAGUAGAGGCUAA